UAUGGGAGACUUAAGAAUCUCAAAGGCUCUGAUCUAGACCAAGUAUGUUAUCAGUCUGUUUUAGUCCAAAAAUAUCAAAGCCUAAAUGAUUGAUAUUCACCAUAUUAGGCUGUAGAAGAGUCUCUUAAGAGUGUAAACCUAUUGCGCGGAGGAGUUUCUGACAACCCUGCUGGAAAAUACAGCGGAGGUAUGAAAAGACGGCUGUGUAGCCAUUUCAUUUAUAGGGAGUCCUAAGGUAUGCAUUUGGUUUACUCAUGUUCGUGUCUUAAGUUUACAAGCUGUAACUAUUUAUUUUUUUACGUAAAAGGUGGUUUAUAUGGAUGAGCCGAGCACAGGACUUGAUCCAGCUUCAAGAAUGAACCUAUGGACAGUCAUCAAACGCGCAAAAACAAACUCUGCGAUAAUCCUCACGACUCAUUCUAUCGAAGAGGCAGAGUUUCUAUGUGACCGUUUGGGGAAAUUUGUAGAUGGAAGGUUACAAUGCAUAGGAAACCCAAAAGAGCUAAAGGGAAGGUAUGGUGGAUCUUAUGUGUUAACUAUGACAACAGCACCAGAACAUGCGAAAGAUGUAGAGAUGUUGGUUCAAGAUGUUUCUCCAAACGCCAGGAAGCUAUAUCACAUCGCUGGGACACAGAAAUUUGAGAUCCCAAAAGAAGAAAUUCGGAUCUCACAAGUGUUUCAGGCGGUGGAGAAGGCCAAGCGCAGUUUCAAGGUGUUUGCACUUGCGGACACAACUCUUGAAGAUGUCUUCAUUAAGGUUGCUAGAAGGUCAGACCUUUAAUGUCUUCUCUUGAAAUAUUCUUAAGAUCAUUAUCAUCACGGAAAUAACACUAAAAAAGUUUAUGUCACAAAUAUAGACUCUAAGGAUCAAAAUGACCAAAAUAUUUCAUUAAAUAGAUAAAUAUACACUUAUACCUUUAGGGUUAACUAAUCCAAACCUUACGGUUUAGAGUUAAGGG